CGCUUUCUUCAUCAUCAUUCGCGCAAACAUUCCAAAACUUCUCUCUUUUUCGCUUCUUCUUCAAUUUUUUUUUUUUCAAAAUUAAAAUUCAUCAUUAGUUUAUCUCUUCAACUUUUUCAUAUUCGUGUCCAAUUUUUCUAUUUAUGGAGAAUAUUCAUGUGAAGCGAGAGAUUCCGCCACCUUCUACUUCUCCGGCUGGCUUUCCGGGAAGAGAAUCUGUAACCGUAGUCGAUCUCUGUAGUAGCGAUGACGACUCCGACAUUGGAGAAAUCGCCGCUGACAGAAGAUAUAAUUCUGGAAACAACUUCGUGGGUCUGAAGAGAGCGCGAGAUACUUUCGGAGGUUCUUCGGAAGUGGAUAGGAAUAACGUGAAGAAGGUAACAACACUUGAUGAGUUAGCAGUUGUGUUACCGGAAGGAUUCGGCCAAUCGAAUCCGCCGGAAGUUUUGACGCAUGCUAUUCCUGCGAAUCCGUGUAAUGUCUUCAGGCCUAUGCCGCCGCCGCCGCAGCCACCGUACGCGGGCACGUCUGGGAGGAUUGGCGGUUGUAAGCAGUUUUGGAAAGCUGGAGAUUAUGAAGGAGCACCUGGCGUUAACUGGGAUCUUUCUUCAGGUGGUUUUGACCAUGUAAGAGUCCAUCCAAAGUUCUUACAUUCUAAUGCAACUAGUCACAAAUGGGCUCUUGGAGCUUUUGCAGAGCUUCUGGAUAAUGCAUUGGAUGAGGUUGCCAGUGGAGCUACUUAUGUUAAAGUAGACAUGCUUGAAAACAACAAAGCAGGAAACAGGAUGUUAUUAAUUGAGGAUAAUGGGGGUGGGAUGGAUCCUGAAAAAAUGCGACAAUGCAUGUCUCUAGGAUACUCUGCAAAAAGCAAACUUGCAAACACCAUUGGACAAUAUGGCAAUGGAUUUAAAACUAGUACAAUGAGACUUGGAGCUGAUGUUAUUGUAUUCUCGCGUUGCCCUGGGAAAGAUGGAAAGAGCUCUACGCAGAGCAUCGGGCUCCUAUCAUAUACAUUUCUAAGGAGCACAGGAAAGGAGGACAUUGUUGUUCCCAUGCUUGACUAUGAAAGAAGGGAGCCUGAAUGGAGUAAAAUAGUCCGGUCUUCCCUUAGCGAUUGGGAUAAAAAUGUGGAAACAAUAAUUCAAUGGUCGCCAUUCUCUAGUGAAGAAGAUCUUCUUCAUCAGUUUGAUCUGAUGAAGGAUCGUGGCACACGGAUAAUCAUAUAUAACCUGUGGGAAGAUGAUCAAGGGAUGUUAGAACUGGAUUUUGAUGCUGAUCCUUAUGAUAUUCAACUUAGAGGUGUCAAUCGGGAAGAGAAAAACAUCAAAAUGGCUUCUCAGUUUCCUAAUUCUAGGCACUUCCUUACAUACAAACACUCACUAAGGAGUUAUGUAUCAAUCCUCUAUCUAAGAAUUCCACCUGGGUUUCGUAUCAUUCUACGGGGAAAAGAUGUUGAGCACCACAGCGUAGUGAAUGACAUGAUGCAGACUGAGCAGAUCACAUAUCGACCACAGUCUGAAUCAUAUGGAGUUGUGACAAAUAUGUCUGCCAUUGUAAUUAUUGGAUUUGUGAAGGACGCAAAACAUCAUGUUGAUGUUCAAGGCUUUAAUGUCUACCACAAAAAUCGGCUCAUCAAGCCAUUUUGGAGGAUAUGGAAUGCAACAGGCAGUGAUGGUCGUGGGGUCAUAGGUGUUCUGGAAGCUAAUUUUGUUGAGCCUGCUCAUGAUAAGCAAGGGUUUGAGCGUACAACAGUUCUCUCUAGACUUGAGUCACGGCUAGUUCAAAUGCAGAAGACUUACUGGAGUACGAACUGUCACAAAAUUGGCUAUGCGCCCAGGCGACAUCAAAAGUCUGCAUAUGGUUAUGAUAACAGAGACUCAUCACCAGAAAAUGAUCGCGAUGGACCUGCUCCAUCAAGCAUCAAAACUCCUAAUCCAGCUUCUGACAAGUUCUACUCAAGCUCAUAUCCAAAUCUUAAAGGGGACAAUGGUGUAUCAGGGAAAGAUAGUACACAGUUGCAAGAGGAGCUGUGGCGUGAGAAAGAGCGUAGGAAGGCACUUGAAGUUGAGGUUGAAUUAGCAAGACAAAAAAUAGAAGAAAUGAAGAAAGAGCAAGAGAAUCUGAUUGAGAUAUUCUCAGAGGAAAGAGACCGACGUGAUGGGGAGGAAGAAACUCUGAGAAAUAAGCUAGAGGAAGCGUCGAACACUAUCGAUGAUCUGUUGAAUACGAUUAAAAAGCUGGAGGGAACCAAAGUCCCGAACUGGAGACAUUAAACAUUGAGCUUGCAUAUAUUUGGGGGUUAGAUUACGAGAAGAGAUUCCAUGUGUAAACCUAAUUGAUUAAUAAGGCAUCUCUAUUUAU